CAUUCACGCCAACCCUCCGCCACUCACCGCUGCUGCCCAUCGCCCUUCGACCGUCGUCCGCGUACGCUCGCCUCUCUCAUGUCGCAGACAAACACACCAGCGCGUUUGCUCUGUUCGACACCGUCCAUGCGCUGGCCCGAGGGCUGAAAGACUGGAACUCUUUCCCACUUGCGCCUUCACUGAUUUAUCAUCAUUCACCAACCUUCGCUCCCGUUCGCCCACCCGCUUUUUUCUUCCAACACAAAAAAUAGCGUCGUGGUGUCCUGCACGUUUCAGCUUUAUUUUUACAACAGCCCCCUACGAGCUAUGAGCUACAGCGGAUACCCCGAACUUGACGCCUAUCAACAGCGCUGGAACACAUCCGACUCGCAUUCCACUACCACUUCCCUUUUCCUGGGCACUAUUAUAGGUGCAUAUUUUCUCCUCAGAGCUCUCGACUAUCUGGGUUUUCCCGUCGGUUUCUACGUACGCCGAUUUCUCAGGAUGGCGACCAACGUCUUGCGCUCACGUGCGUCUUCAAUCGGCUCCGCGUCUGGAUCGGAAUCCGACGAUGCAGCGGCGCAGAGUGGAGGCAUGUUUGGCAGCCUCUUUGGAAUGAGCCCUGGCAACUUGCUCUCAAAGGGCGUCAGAGGUGUCGCGAGCGCUCUUUCCAUGGGUUCCGGCGACGUCCCGCCUGGCUUGGGCAACAUCAGCAACUCUUGUUACCAGAACAGCGUUAUCCAAGGCCUUGCCUCGCUUCCUUCGCUGCGCGACCAUCUCGCCAAAACCACAUCCGAGCAUCCUUCGCUCUCGCCGGAAAGCACCAACGGCGCGCUGUUCGAGAUAAUCACAAAGCUCAACGAUCCAGAGAACAAGGGGCAGCAUUUUUGGAUACGCGGCAAGCUCAAGUCGAUGAGUACCUUUGAGCAGCAGGAUGCGCAGGAGUAUUAUAGCAAGAUAUUGGAUGCGCUAGAUGAAGAGGUCAAGAAGACCGCGAGCAGCAAAAGGCGAUCCUCGGUCUCCUGGCUGGAAAUCACAAAGAUUCUCAGUGACUCACCAAAUGCAGAUGAAAAGACACAGGAAGGAGAGAAAGGCGAUUCGGAGAAGCCAGCCGUACAGGCCCCAGCAAACCCCCUUGAGGGCCGCCUUGCACAGCGUGUCGGCUGUACAUCCUGCGGCUACUCGGAAGGUCUUACACUUAUCCCGUUCAACUGCAUCACCGUCUCCCUGGGAAAGAACCACGGUUACGACAUUCGCGAAUGUCUUGAUGAAUAUACAAAUUUGGAGUUCAUCGACGGUGUCGAGUGCGCAAAGUGCACAUUGCUUAAGCUACAGAAGACUUUGACUCCUCUUGUCUCUAAAAAGCCAGAAUCGCCAUUGAAGGCCAGACUCGAUGCUGUGCAGGAGGCUCUGGAGAAGGAGGACUUUGAAGACAAAACACUACUAAAGACUCUGAAUGUGCCUAAGAAGAACUGGGUGCAGAGUACCAAAUCGAAACAGGCAGUUGUCGCGCGAGCACCCCAGGCAUUGGUACUUCACGUCAACCGCAGUAGUUUCAAUGAGUACACUGGUAUGCCGUUCAAGAAUACUGCUGGUGUGUCAUACCCGAGUGUCCUGGAUCUGGGUAAUUGGUGCCUCGGCGGUGCACCGGCUGGCUCUGAAAAGCCUGCCAUGUCUGAAGAAGAGUGGCCAAAAGAUCCUAGGGAAUCCAUGCUACCAAGGGGCAAGCCCAUGUUCGACUCUCCUUUCCAAUACCGAUUGCGAGCUGCUGUCACACACUACGGCUCACAUGGUAAUGGACAUUAUGUGUGCUACCGGUCACACCCAAAGACUGUCUCCAAGUCAAGCGAUAAUGAGGAGGUUGAUUCCUCAUCGACAGAUGGCAAGGAGCUUGAAAAUGAAGAACAACAACAACAACAACAACAAGAGCAGGAGAAUGCUGUCACAUCCCCGUCGGAACAGUGGUGGCGCUUCAGCGAUGACAGUGUCUACCCUGUCUCUGAAGAAGAGGCGCAUCAAGGAAAUGUCUUCAUGCUCUUCUACGAGCGCAUUGAUGAAUCAACACCCUUCCCAUCUCACCCCAUCACGGAGAACGUCACGGUAGCAGAGGAUGCUCCCUUACCACCAGUCGAUGCCGCAGCAUACGCACAAGCCUCUCCAAACGUAGAAGCCACUGCCAUUGCUCUCCCAAGCGACGACGACGACGAUCUUCUCCCGACCAAGUUAGUCACCAAACCGCAACCGCCUCAACUUUCCAUACCCACCACGCAAACACCCACAGACGAGACACCCUCCUCCCCAUCCAGUGUCGCCACAACCACCCCAACAAAACCAGCAUCAUCACCGCCCCACCUCGACCCCGAAACAGAAGCCAGCGAUGCGGAUUCCGAAGACGCCCCUUCAACCCAACUCACCUCGGACUACGAAUCCGAAGUCGACGCUGACGUCCCCACGCCCCCACUCAAGCCCCUGCCUGUUUCUUCUUAUUCUGCUAAAAUCUCACCAAACUUGAUGCGUACCGCGGGGAAUGCAUCGAAUAGGGGCCAGCAGCGCAAGGGACAAAGUUUGCCGCUCGUUUCUGCGACGUAGUUUGCUCGUGGCGCUAAGCGUAUCAAGCUCGAGUUUGUGUAGUAGGGGUGUGGAAGGAAGAAGAGGGAGUUUUGGGUAUGUUGAUAUUUGUGGUUGGGAGCUAUGGAGAAGGGGCAAAUGGAGAGAUUGUAAAGGAUAGGGUGGAAACGAUGGGAAAUCGGUAUAGGCGUUUAGGCACCUGUUUGCCCGGUAGGGUCAGGUUGGGCGGCAGCCUGUUUUUUUCUUACUGCUUAUCUUUUU